AUGGUCACCUGGUUGCCCGCCGAUGCCGGCACUUCGAUCGACGCCAUCGCCAUGUACCCGUGUAUAUGUCUGCCGCGGCACAUGUUCCUCCAGGACAAUCACAAUGAUCACAAUGUUGUGGAGCCCGACGACGCCUCGGUGGCCACUCCCCUACACCUCGCAAUUGCCCAUGGGCACGAAGCUACGAACCUGAUACAAUAUUAUCCGCAUGCCCAGCCGCAGACCUCCGCCCAUGCUGCGGUGUAUUUACCACAGGACCUCGUCCCGCUCGCGCAACAGCAGCAGCAGGAUACUCCACCGCCAGCCCAGCAACACCGGCAGCCUCUUCAGUCACCGCAACAAGGGGACGAGCAGCGGCAAGUUGUGCUCGAGGAGAACGACCAAGUCAUUUCCAUCGACCUGGAUGCGGAUGGCGUUGGGAACGAGAGCGAGCAUGGAGAGGUCACCAAUAACGUUGGCGAUGACGAGAGCGACAACCACUCCAGCGAGAGCCAAGUCGACUACCACCGCGGCCUCGUCUCUGCUGCGCCUCCGCUUUCCGCCGACGAGAUGCACACUCUUUUUCCUCCCAAUAGCCCGGAUCGCAGGUCCGAGGCCGACAGCGACGCCCAGCGUGCGGACAACUCCGGUGAUGAGGGGUUCAACGACGAGGAUGAUGCUCGGUUCUUCAUCGCGUCUUCGAAACGAUGCGCCGACGGAAGCUCGCCGAAGCCGACGAUGACGACGCCGCAGGGCCAGGCCGCAACGUCCGGUUCGAGGACCUCGUUCCUCACCAGCAGGCGGGCAGGAGCCAUACCGCUGAAGGUGCAAGACGCGGUUGUGCCUUUGGAGGAGGAGGAUGGCAAAGACUUGCUUGCUGUCUUCAACGAUAUGCUCCCCACCUUGGUUCUCGAGCUCGAAGCAGACCAGGAGCAAGCGCAGCAACAGCAAGCUCAGCAACAGCAGCAUUAUCCGGUGGAUGAGGGCAUGUACUUUGACAAUAAUGCGCAGCCGCAGCAGCUGCCUCAGGGGGAAGAGCAGCACCCGAGUCCUCCCGCUGCCGUCGAUAUUGUUGAACGGCUCCGCCAGCUGGAGCAGGCUUUCCUCGACCAGCUCAAUGCCGAUGCCGCCGAUGCCGCGACGCCUCCCCCUGCUCCGCCACAUCCCCGUUGCCGCCGCCGUCAGCCUGUCAUGGAUGUCGAUGCUCGCAGGGUCGCCCGCGAUGCUGGUGCCCUGGCGUCCAAUGCCGUUUCACGGAGGCUGCAGCGCGCCCGCAAUGUUUUCACGUCUGCGCAGAAGGCCCGGGCCGCUCGAGUUGCCAGAGACGCCACCACCAGCUACUUGAUGGAACUGGCUGCCGCCGCUGAGGAGAACGACGAGGAUGAUGACUACAUGCCUUAA